UUAGGAUCAGUUUCGUCUCGUCUCCCACGCACGUUGCUCGUCUUUGUAGAUUUCAAUUAAGAAUUUUUACGGUGAAAUCAUGAAGCAUAAGUUAACGAACCAACAAGUGAGUCAGAUCCUUCACGUGGGUGUUUAUUUUAAAACAUGUCGAAGAAAAAAAGCAAGCAUGACAGAAGAGUAUAAAAAUAAACUACGUAGUGCAGCUGACACUUUCCUGAGUGACUGGAUUGUAAAUGGGGUUCCAUUUGAAAUGUUGGAGAAGAUAAAGAGCUCAUCACCAAGUUUAAUAACGCUUUUCCGUCUUAAGCAGCGACCGUUACCAAAUAUUGGCAACAAUAUUGGUAUUGAAAAUUCCCAAUCAUCAUUGCUAAAUUGCUCAGCAGCUGCAAGACUAUUGUCAAGUAACGAAGAGGCACAAUAUAGGUCAUCCAACUGUAACAUUGAUUCCAUGCCUAAUAACCAGCCCAAAGCUUUUGGAAAUAAUGCAUCAUCCAUUAUGGAAGAGCCUCAACAGUGUGAUCAAGAACAACCGGACACAAAUCAGAUAAAGAUGCCACAAGCAAUCAUCCUUCCUUAAUAGUUGAUUCUGAAGAAGAUGUGGAAGACGAAGGAGGAGUACCUGUUGCUUUCUUGGGUCCAGAUAACAAUAGCUGGACCGACCAAAAUCUCAGCCUUAAGACAAUACUUCAACAUUAUGCUGUAUACACAGACACGAAACUGAGUCACAUGACCUAUUUACUCGGGCUGUUAAUCUUUCACAAACCUUUACCGGACUAUUACUGUUUGCCGAGUACUGGAGAACAACUGCUGCAUAUAGACGGGAGGGAUUUUGUCGGUUUAUCAUCGGACAUGGAAGCUACUUUGGAUGAAGAAAACAAUGUCCAGGAAGAAACCUCGACGGAUAAUCAGCCCUUAAGACGAAAAAAAAAACCCACUGCCGGCCACAGUUGAUUUGCAUGACGGCUACGGAAAUGUCGUGAAGUACAUGCAUUUUGGGCUUGAAUCAGCUCUUAAAGGAGAUUCACCCGGUCUAUAUUUCAAGCACUCCAACCUUCUUCAAUAUGCAUCGAUUUAUGCGACUAAACCGGAACUUUUACCAGAUAGUAUCAGGAAGAAGAUUGAGACUUUUGACAGUGACCUUCAAAUUAGAAAGGCAAAAGAGUCACUACUACGGUCAGCCGAAAAUAUCGUUCCAGAAGUGCUGAAUGAAGCAAACAUACGCGCAAUCCCUCACUUUACAAUCGAUUUCAGCUUGGAUGGUGUACAGAUUUUCCACAAUUCAGAACAGUCUGAAUGUAUACCAAUAAUGGUUGCAGUUCACGCAAUAAGUGAGUCACCUUCUGCCUAUUCUACUACUUUGAAAACUCGGUAUCCUAUAAUUGUUGGUAUUGCUCAUGGCAAGACAAAGCCAACUGCGAAAUCACUCGUACGUCAUCUGUUUAAUGAGCUCAGCCGACUAUGCCCUGACAACCGCAAUCCUAAGGAAACAGCUGGUCGUGAAUUUACAGUAUCGCUAAGAUGUGCCGUAGCUGACUGGAUUUUUCGAGCGUUUUUAAAAACUAUAAAAGGCCCUACUGGAUUUUGGUGUUGCGAGCGAUGCAUCCAGCGCGGGGUAUGUUGCGCUUUACCCCGACCCAAAAAUUCCCAAAAAAAAGAGUCAAAAACCGUGCAACUGAGAGAUCUGAAUGCUCCACGACGUCUGAAUGAAGAUUUCUUAAAGUAUGUAAAAAGUGACGAUUGUUCAGAUGAACAUCUUCUAGGUCUGAACGAUCUGUCUCCUUUUAUUGACAUAAAUUUUCCUGUGGUUUCCGGAUUCAGCAUAGAUGCCAUGCACACAAUGUAUGCCGGGUGCCUUAGGCGAAGGUUAAUUGGAAUUGUUUCACUAACAACAGAAGGAAAAUUGAAUAGUACUAGUUUAGCUGCUGUUAAUACCAGAUUGAAGCUUUUCGAAAAAUGCAAACCAUCCGAAUUCGAGAGACAUGUUCGCUCUCUGUCUAAUUGUAUUGAGAAAUAUAAAAUGCAUGAGCUUCGGGAUUUUCUAAUGUACAACCUUUUCCCUGUUUUUUCUGGAAUCCUUCAAGGUAACCAGUUAGAAAACAUAAUGCUAUUGCAGUAUGGCAUGUUGUUGUUGGGUGGGUUUGAUCCAAAGCCAGUUCCAACCGCAGAUAUUUUGGAAGCUACGCGCGUUUUUUAAUUAUACGUUCAACAAAUAAUCGAUUUUGGUUAUCCUGUUCGACCCACCAUUCACGCUAUUAUACAUCUGCCAGAGGAUGCGAACAAUUUUGAAUGUGGAGUUGAAUGCCAGAGCGCAAUUUUGUAUGAAAAUUUUUAUCGUUUUUUCCGCAGAAGUCUAAGAUCCGGUAGUAAGCCAUUGGAACAGUAUAGAAACCAGCUUGUUCGGCGUAGUAAAUAUUUAUUACAAACCGCGUCUGACGGGACAAUAUUAGAGACGGGACAGCAAUUCAAAAUGGAAGUAAAAAAACGAGAGCUAGAACGGUCCGAUAGAAAAAUAGUUCUAAACUUUUCCAUUCGUAACGCCAAAAGUGACAACCACCAUAAAGUUAUGAAAUUCCCAGAAUUUUCCUUGUCCAACAUGUUCCCAAUUAAUGUUUGCAUGUUAAAAAAUGGAAAAAUUGUGGUGUGUACUGAUAUAGUUGAAUAUCCGAAAGGAAGCAAGAUAUUUAGUAUCGUGGGUUUCAGAUUUCUAACUGUCGAAAACGCAUUUGCAACACCAUACCCAUCUUAUAAAUUCAAAACACAUGUUGUAUCUAAAUUGGAUCAUGCAGUUGAUGAAUGGAAUGUGAAUAGCAUUAUGUGUAAAAUGUAUGCUAUGCCGCUUAAAUUGUCUGAUUAUGGUAGUUUACCGGACAUUACAGUGUCUCUCUCAUCUGUUAAAUGGGUUGUCACACCAGUUAGACAUACGUUAUAAAUUUUUCCGUGGUAACUAGUAUUUAAUAAACAAAUUUUCAAAAUGAC